AUGUCACGCCCAGGCCAAUCCCACGAAAAAGAUCCCCGGUGGACAGCCGUAGACGCCUACUCCCUCUCGCACCUCCACCCAGCCACGCGCACAGCCCCCUCCCCAUCCACCCUCCAACACGCUCUCGACGCCUCCCAGGAAGCCGGUCUACCCGACAUUGCUGUCUCGCCCUCGCAGGGUAAAUACCUCCAGCUCACUGCUCGCCUUGCACGCGCAAACAACAUCCUCGAAGUAGGCACUUUAGGCGGAUACAGCACCAUCUGGCUCGCGACGUCUAGCCCCAACGUGAAAGUGACGAGUAUCGAAGUUGAUAACCACCAUGCCGAGGUCGCGCGAGCAAAUAUCCACAAUGCUGGGUUGGGAGAUAGCGUGGAGGUUAGACUUGGGGCUGGUAUGGAUGUCCUGCCAGACCUUGUUCAGCAGGUCAAGGAGGGUAAGAGGGCGAAAUUCGACUUUGUCUUCAUCGAUGCCGAUAAGGAGAAUAACUGGAACUACGUUGACUUAGCGCUGGAGAUGUGUGAAUCGGGUGCGUGUGUUAUUGUGGAUAAUGUGGUGAGGAAGGGGCAGUUGGCGGAGGAGACGGAUGAUCCGAGGAUCGCGGGAGCAAGGAGGGUGGUGGAGAAUGUGGGGAAGGACGAUAGGUUAGAUGGAGUGGUGCUGCAGACGGUUGGUGAGAAGUCUUAUGAUGGAUUCUUGCUCGCUGUUGUGAAAUGA